CCUGGCUCUGCGGCAGCGUGAUGACGCGUCAAGCCUUGAAAUCCAAUGUUCUCUGCGCGGCGCUUCUAUUCCUCAUCGCUGUCUUUGCGUCGAGCCUUCGCCUUAGCUUGAUACAGGGCCCUCUGCUGGCGGACGGGGAUUCGAAGGGUGCUCCGGCGCGAGCUGAGGAUGUUCGCAAUGCAGAUAAGAUCCAACCGACCAAAUCUGUCGCACCGGCUAGACGACCGGCUAUCAAUGAUCUUGUGCCUGCGCAGAAGCCGCCCUCGGCGCAGUGGACGAUUGACGAGGAGUUUCACCGGGACGGAGUGAUUGUUAUGGGAAGAUUGGAAAGCGAAGACGUGAGCUGGGUUAUGAAGGAGCUGCCCGACUGGCAACAUGCGAUCUACACCCUGGAUGAUCCAGACGCGCCGCUCCGAGUGAAGAAGAAUAAAGGCCGAGAGGCCAACGUGUAUCUGCAGUACAUCGUCGACCACUACCACACACUCCCCGCAACCAUCAUCUUCCUCCACAGCCACCGCGCCGGUAUCAAGGGCUGGCACACCGAGUUCUACGACCACAGCAACGUGCGGACGGUUCGCAUGCUGAAUGUCGAUUUUGUCCAGCGCAACGGCUACGUCAAUUUGCGCUGCGCGUGGUCCCCCGGCUGUCCGGACGAAGUGCAGCCGUUUCGCGAGCCCCGAGACGAAGGCCGCCAUGCGGAGCAUGCAUUUCCAGACGCUUGGCAUUACUUCUUCAACGGGACGAAAGUCCCCGAGAUUGUUGGGGUUGCUUGUUGCGCUCAGUUUGCGGUGUCGAGGAAGCAGAUCCUCGAGCGUCCCCUGAGUGAUUAUCUUCGGUAUCAUCAGUGGCUCAUGGAAACACCGUGGGAUGAUGAUACUAGCGGGCGAGUUAUGGAGUACAUGUGGCAUAUCAUAUUCGGCAAGGAGCCUGUAUAUUGCCCUGUUAUGGAGCAGUGUUAUAGUGAUGUAUAUGGAACAUCUGACUCAAACGAAGAUAGAUGGGACUCUGUCUUUGAAAUAGGCUGAUUCAAUCCAAUAUACGCGUCCCAGAUAUUGCAUAUGAUGACACCCUCUGGUAUGCAAGGCGAUGUGCACGAUUUGAUGGAGUAUGAAUGCUUCCUCACUAAUGAAAACUCGCAAAUACCCUGAUGAAAUCCCGGUGUUAUGGACCCUCCAGCAUCAGAACCAGUCGUACUAGAAGACCAUAGGACUUGGCUUCCGUAGCUAAAUUCUCGCUACUGGAAACCAGUAUCAACAACUAGUAGGAAAUGAAAGCCUGCGUUGAUGUCGUGUCGCAAGUCGCCAAUCAAAGCAAGAAACUUGAAAACAUAAAAGCAAUCUACGUUCUUAAUAUCCCAAGUGCCGUAUUAGAUAAUC